AUGCAUAUCACGGCGAAGGCGAAUAGGGAGCCAUUUGAUCUGAGCACGGAAGCAGAUAGUGAUGUCCUCGUGCAGGUUGUGAAUUCCUCAGGCAAGCUACAAUGUGCUCAGGCAAGCUGCGAGGUCCUUAAGCACGCCGAGAUGACGACAUUAAUUUUUGCAGGGCCGGGAAUAAAAGGCACUAUGGCGAUCUUGAACUGCCUGCUCGCGAGGCAGCUCUGCUUUGAGGACGCAUCUUGCUCCGCCAUCUUGGAAAUCAUCCCGCGCGUCUGUGGCUCCGAACUUGUGGCUUGCUCUACCGUUACCGUGACCAAGUGCCAAGCCGCCCUGCGCACCCUGCAAGCGUUUCCGUUCUUCAAGCCGACCUGUCUCUGUCGAGAACCGAACGUGGAUCCCGAAUGCAAUUCCUUCCGCGACUUCCUGUUUGACCAUCCCUGCGUGUUUGUAAUGAAGAAAGAAAAAGACCCGUACCCAGUGGAGACUCUGCCGACUUGCACCUACGCCCUGAGCGUCUGUCACAACGAGAAAGCCUGUUCGGUACUGUUUGAACGUUUCAAGAACGCUUGCAAGGCCCGCGAUGGAGAAUGUCGCAUGGAUGACAGGGAAGCGUGCCGCGAAGCUUGGGCCGGUUUGCGCUUGUCCCCGCUAUUUGGCUGCAUCUGCCCUAACACGCACAUGAAGAAACGAUGCGACCGCAUCUUUGCUGUAGUGAACCACAAUCCGUGUGUCGUAAAACUGACGUCCGACGGACGCAUCGCGAAUCGGAACGCAACGGGAGUGUCUUCAUGGAUUGGCGGUAUGUCGAUAACGCAGGACGGCAACCUAAUAGCUCCGGAUAAAAUAAUGACGCACGUCCACCGUUACUCGAGCCCCCACUACAAACCACACGGGCACCAUUACCAUCGCUGGAAUCACGAACCAGGGGGGAGUGAAGAUCCGCUGUACGCGACCAAGACCGUCUACGGACCGGGAUACAUUGAUGAGAACCAGAGAAUUGCCAAAGAGAACGGUAAACCAGGUGAUGAUAAGGUGGCGCUCCAAUCGACUUGUCACGUGGCGCUCGACACUUGCAUCAAGGACAGCGAGUGUGUCACGUCUCUAACGCCAGUUCUGCAAAAGUGCCACGCAACUGACUGCGACCGGGAGGGAUGCAUGGCUGCGUUACGUGGCUUUUACAGAAAACCAGAGGUCAAGUGGAAUACGGAGAUAGCUUUUUGUCUCUGCAAGAAAACCGACAACAAAGAGGAUUCAUGCAUGAAUGCUCAAGAGAGGCUGCACCCGUCCUGCGCUCAAAGACCACCGGUUGGUUCUCCCCUUCCCGCCUGCCAUACCCUGGCGCACGCUUGCCGAGAAGACCCUGAAUGCAGGAUUCGUCUAGAGAACUACGAACAGUGGUGCGCGGUAGACGCCGUAACACAAGGCUGUGCUGGUUCACCAGCGGCUUGCCGUGCGGCAGUGGUGGCUGUUCUUGGAACCCAGCUCCGAGCUGCUUGCGCAUGUCGCGGAACGGACUUCGCACAGCUUUACGAUUGUCUUGGCUGGCAGAGGCUUUUGUGGCUCAACCCAUGCGUUGUGGAAUCCCAGAGUGACUAUCACGUGAAGACCUAUGGAUCUCUUCUUACCACCACCCCAUUCGACAACGGUAUCAGAUACAUCACCGUACCUCCCGAGCCACCCAUUCACCACCGCACCACUACUCAUCAUCACCGCCACUACACUCAACAAGAAACUGCUCAAGUGAAUGCUAUGCAGGAAAAUCUUGAAGAUCACAGUUCAAUCACAACAAUGUCGGAGCAAACUGUAGGGCCGAAUGAAGUUGCCCAAAUUUCGGAACCAGUACAUAUUGAGACUACGACCGUAACGACCACAGUCCCAACAACAACAACGACCCAAACCACGACAACUACGACCACGACAACAACAACGACAACACCACGUCCGACAACAACCUUGGAACCGACGAAGUACUGCAUUGUGAAGAAGCCGGAGAAUGACGACCAGCCGCAGUAUAUUAAAAUGGGGGAAACGAGACGACUGUACCGCUCGGCGGAGCUGGCGGAGUGCACGGACCUGUGCGUGUGCGAGCCGUCGCUGCAGGUGUCGUGCAAGGUGGCGUGCGUGCCGCGCGCGCCCUGCUCCUCGCGCCUGGCGCACUACUCGCACGCCGCGCCCGCCUACCAGGCCUACCGCGGCCGCUGCUACUGCUACUCCGGCUCCUUCAUCUGCAUGCGGCCCAACCCUGGGGAGUACAAGCUGCCCGAGGGCGUGUACCUGCUGCUGGGCUUCAGCGCGGUGGACGAGGCGCUGCUGCGGCCGCACACGGGGCUGGGCGCGGAGGACGCCGUGCGCCUGCUGCAGGCCUACCUGGCCGCGCUGCUGCAGGUACGGACUAACUGCACUCUCACCCUGUUCAACAUUAGCAACGAAAAUGUGAUAAUAUCCGCCAGCGUCCCGCAGAAGGAACAAGAUGCGCUCAGAGAAGCAGGCGAAGGCCUUCUGGAUAGAGAAAAGGAAGCCUGUAUCGACGUCUUAAAGAUCGUCAAGUCGCGCAUCAACUCGCAACACGAAGACAUCUCGUCUCAUCUGCUUCUUUCCAUCUUCAAAAUAGCCGAAGUCGACGUCGUCUACCCCGCUCCCCCUAGUUCUGCAAUUAAUUCCAACGGCCCCAACGUUAUCCUGUAUAUUUUAAUCUCCCUUGUAACCCUUUUCUGUAACUUGAAACAGUUAACAUUCAUCCUCAAAACGUUUACAUUUUUCAAAAAUAUCGUCAAUUGUUUACCGAAUUUAUUAAAUAUCAAUAAGGCCAACACGAAACGACUCUCACCUUCGAAUUCAAUAGACGUUGUUCCUUUCUCAGAGAAUUAUAUCGUAAAAGAUUUUUUAUCUAUUUUGGAAUGUUAUGAAGAAUUUAUUAAAUACGAUACAGUAGUUGUUGUAAAUUAUAUUGAUACUUCGCACAAUGCACUCGCUUUAGGUAACGCACAAGUAAAACAUAUCACCGAAGAUAUCAUAGACGUAAGUGAUUUAGAUUUAAAUAAAUUUAAGGAAACGAAACAUAUCAUAGAAGCUGUGAGUAUUACAAUAUCUACUAAUUUAAAUGAACUUGUUGCUAAUGCAAUUAUACCUAAAUAUUUUUCUAGAGAUGUGUAUUAUGAAAUUGGAUGUACUAUUAUUGAUUCGGAGAAGCUUUUUGGUAAAUUAUGUUUUGGAAUAAUCGCGUCCUCUUCUUAUGGGAUUGUAAAAUCCGUUAGCUUAGGACUGACUCUAGUAGUAGUAUGA